AUGAGCGAUGAAGAGGCUUUUUUGCCGUUGCCUUUACACGCAAAGCUAAGCGAUGUGAUUGGAUGCAGUAGUGUUUCGCCAAAUUCACUCGUUGUCGAUGAGGUCUCCGGUCAAACUGCUUAUAUUACUGGUAGCACGAUCACGAUUGUUAAGCAGAAACAAGCACAUUUACUUUCAUCAUCGCGAAAUCCGUUUACCUGUCUUGCUUUCUCACGAUGUGGACGUUUCUUAGCGAGUGGAGAGAAUGGUCAUAAUCCAUUGAUUCGAAUUUGGGAGAUUUGCGACGAUGAGGGUCGAUUCAUUGGUCGACAAAUCACACAGAUGAUCGGUCACUCAUUUGGGAUCAUCGCUAUGUCUUUUUUUGGCUCAUCUCGACCGCAUCUUGUCUCAAUCGGUGAUCAAAACGAUAAAAUGUUGAUUGUUUGGGAGUGGCGAAGUGGAAAGCAGAUCACAUGCUGCAAAUUGAAUAAUCAGGUUUCUGGUGUGGCUAUGUCACCAGAUGGAUUCUCUUUUGUCACUUAUGGAGUAAAGCAUGCGAAAAUGUGGACACUUGAGGGGGAGAAGUUACACGGUCGAUCAUUUAUUCUGAAUGAUAAGCGCAAUUGUCAUUUCACCUCUGGGAUUUUCCUCUCCGAGAAUCGUUUCUUCGCCAUCGCUGAUAAUGCUUUUGUUGUCGAAGUUGUGGGGAAAAAGCUUCAAAACACAUAUCGUUUUGGGCAUCGACGGAUUUAUGAUAUUGCGUUGUUCAAUGAGGAGUUGUUGCUGGUUGGGUGUGACUCGGGAAUGAUCCUUGCUCUUUCCUUGACAUGCAACGAGAGUCUCCGGGUCGAAUGGACUUUCCCAUUACCCCACUAUUUGGGUGUUGAUCCAUCAGAUGCUACACAUGACUCAGUUCUUGAUGCCGAAAAUCAUCCACAAAACUCGUUAUAUCCGGACGUUCGCUCUCUUUCUGUUCAUCAAUCCUCUCAAUCGAUCUCGGUUCUUUACUCGGAUCGAUCACUUUAUGUUUGGAAACGAAGCGGAGAGGAGACGGUGAAGAUGCACUCCGAAUUGGGACAUGUUGGCGGAGUAAAUGUGGUUGAGGUUUACCCGGAUCGUUACCCAUUCCUACCGAGUGGCACGUAUGUAACUGGGGGAUCCGAUGGCACAGUACGCUUCUGGAAUUCGGCCAAAGAUCGCCAAGAGCCGAUCAUUCAAACGUCACUGCUUCCACUCCGCAACGUUUACUCGAUCUCAUUGAAGAAAAUCCUUUACACAAGUGAUGAUAUUCAACUAUUAACCGAACCGGCUGAUGACAGCGGAAUGAUACCAUCGACACGUUUUGAUUCAACUGACGCUAUUAAAAGCCUUCGAUUUUCACCAGAUGGACGACAUCUCAUCAUUGGACGUCAAAAUGGAUGCAUAUUGGUAAUGGACGUGACGACGAUGGCGUUGAUCCUUAACAUGGAUGCUCAUGAGAGUGACGUGUUCGCACUGGAGUUCAACGAUCCGGGAAGAUCCGGUGUCUCGUUGAUGGCUUCGGGAUCACGGGACAAACUUGUGCAUCUCUACAAUGUCACGCAGAGCUACGAGUAUCUCCAAACCCUUCAAGAUCACCAGGGAGGCGUUGUGGCGAUCAAGUUUGCUGCGGCAAACGAUGGAACACUUCGAAUGUUCACGCUAGGCACCGACAAGUUGAUCAUCUUGUGGAAUUUCACUGGCAACAUGACAACGCCUUUCUCACGUGCGACAGUGAUCAAGCAGGGUGUCGCGAUGAGUGACAUGGUGGUGUUGCCAGAGUUGAACGGAUUCGCUGUUGGAUGUGCGGAUAGACAGAUCCGUAUCUACUCAUUAUCCGGAAAACAGUUGAGCGGUUUCUCAGCUACCGGCAGCGACAAGGGAAACACCGGGAAUGCCUCGUUUGGGAAGAUCAUCUUUGACCCAUCGGGCUCGUUGUGCGCUUCGGUUUGCGAUAAAAUGGUCCAAGUGAUCGAUGUGAAAGCGCAAAAACCGUUGAUGAUCCUGCCGGGCACCGGCGAUUCUCCGACACAGCUCGCUUUCUCUAAUGAUUUAAAAAAUCUGAUCGUUUGCGGCUCGAACGGAUGCAUUUACACGUGGCGCCUCUCGGAGCGGUUGACUCAACGCCUUCACACAGCCACAAGGGAGUUGGUGGAAAGAAUUGAGAGUCGACGAGUGCCGACACCGGACAGCGUGCUGGGAAGUGGCUCGGAUUGCGUGAGUGAGGAGCAUCCUGUUCCAACCGAAUCGUUGGACUCUUUCCAAACGUCGAUCGGGAGCACGUCAUUUGGAUCAAUCGAUUCGAUUCAUCUCCUCGGUCAAAUCGAUCCAUCAAGGACUUUCCGCGUGCCGGCCAGGGAAACCGGAGGUCUCGAAGUCGAGCGUCGCGUCGAAUCGGUGAUACGACACGGUGGAGGGAGCAAUUUCGGACAAUCUGGAUCGAAUUUCGACUUAACUUCUGAAAAGGAUCCAGAAGAGACGCCACUAGCUGCAUCGCUUCUCUACGAGCGCGCCCCGAAACAAUAUACUUCGUCAAAGAGCAUGCAAAACCUUCGCCUUCCCCAUCAUCAACAACAGGAAUCACCGCGUAAACCGCGCACUCCGCGAAGACAAUGGGCCGACGAAAGUCAAGCCGACUUCAACAGUCACUCGCUAUUAGCCGGAUUGAUCGAGGGGAGUCACGGUGGACAAAAGGGACAAUCGUCAAAUCACUCAUCGCCAACGAAUCCCCAAUUCCUCAACAACAACAACAAUCAGGAGAACGUCUAUGCCAUGCCCAUGCCAUCAACAUUCGUCUCUCCGCCAACGAAUGGGAAUUACACGGCUCCUCUCUCGAUGCAACAACGACUUGGGCAGGCUCGUCUCUCAAGCUCGCCGAAAACCGUGCAAAGCCCGUUCAAUCGAAGUGAUCAACAGCGGGUCUCUUUGUCGAAAACUUUUCUCAACAAGGGAUUAUCAAUCGCUUUGCAACCGAAACCGGCGCAAACCGUUUGGUCUCCACACCAAGCAAGUGGAUCCACUUCAUCGUCCCAAUUGCGAGAAACACCCCAAUCGAGGCGAACGAUGUCGACACUGACGGGCGGUCUUAACGGUGGAAUGAGCGGGCCACCGACUGGAGCUGUCGCCUCAGCGAUCACCAGACGACAAAGCACAGCUGGCAACAAUCGGAUCUCCCCAUCGACAUCGGCGACAAGCGAGAAGAUUCGACGCUCGAAGACAUUCGGCCGGAUGAAAGACAUUCAAGAACAACAACCACAACAACAAACACAUCAAAGAGAGACAAGAAGGGCCGACGACUACUCAUCGUCAAAUUUGCACUUGCGAAGUCGAAGUCAAAGUCCGAAUCAUUUGCUUUCAGCCGGCUUGUUGACACCGAGGCGACGGGAUUCGGACAUGUCGAUGCAAAAUCACUUGUCCGCCUCAUCGCGAGCAUUGACGUCGAGUCGAACGAAUCUCAAUCAACCGGAAGGCAUUCGAAAAUCGAAUCAAGCACUCGACAAGCUCGCGAAUAUGAGGAGCAAGCUUCGUCAAUCCACUGAGAAUAUCAUGGGCGAUGAGGGAGCUGCUGGGAUAAAUGGAGGCCUUCAAGCUCCAUCCUCUGUGCUACGAAGCAAGAGUAUUGGAAAUUUGAGAAACGGUAAUCAAUUAGAGCCGUUCGGCACGUUUGAUGUCGAAGCGACAAAGCCAAAGUUGGGAAGCUCACUCGGCCAUUCCCGUUUGCUCGCUCGAUCGAUGGGAAACGUGUCAGCGUCGGAGGAAAGCGCACCAAAGGCUCAAACGGCGUCGAAUCAACUCGCGCAUACAAUUCAAAUGUUGAAAAAGGCUAGCAAUCCCGAUUUGACUCAACCGGAUCAAUUCGAGGAAAGCACUUCAUUCCAAGAUCGCCUCAUCCGCCGAGGAGCCGUUCAAAAACGGGUCGAGCGUUAUCAUCCUCGAAAUCGACCAUCAAAUGUGAAUGGACGAGGCACGGUGGGGACGAGUGAAGAAUCGGACUCGGCUUCGAACACCUCCGAUGCUAGUCCAAUGAACGGAUCGCUGAAUGGACAAGCGAUCGGUCGCCGGUACUUUGGAGUGACCGGGAAUCGAUCCUCUUCAUCGGUUGAAAGUCGAGGCGCAGUGGCGAGCAGCCGUCGACUUUUUGAUCCGAAACACGGGAGCAUUGGGGUGAAUGGUGGACCGACUACACCAACAAGACGGGGAAAUUAUUUGGCGAGCAAGUUGGCCGGAGAAGGCGAUGUUGCUCCGGAUUUGGCAUCAGAUGAAAGCGCUCGUGCCCCAUCGACAGGUCCAUCCGAUUUGCUUACGCAGAUUCCCGAAAAAGAUCAACCGAUGGUACGACAUGUGGACGCGGCGCUGAAACAAGCGUUGAUCGCUGUUGAUCAAGCAUUACACGCUGAGAAGCUGUUACGCGAAUCGGAUGUAGCCGAUCGAACACGAGAUGCCUUGAACGAGCAAUGCUUGAAGACACUGCAGCAAAUCUCUGGUCGAGUGUCGACUGUACUCGAGCGUAGCGGAGUGCCGAGUGUGGACGGUGGACGGAGAAGCACCGAUGAUUCGCUACGAUACGAGAAUCAGUUGUACAAUUUGGGCAAUGGUUUGCCCACCUCGACCACAACGAAUCCGGUCGAUAUGAACGCUUUCUUGGCUCAACACGGCAAUCAAUUGAUGGAGUUGUUGAAGAACAAUUUAGCGAAAUCGAAU